CUGAUAAAUAAGUUAAAACCUCAGCAUCUAUAUAUAACGCAUUAUCAUUUUGGGAUCACAUCCCACACAUAGAAAAUCAAACAAGACCAACAAUUUAGUUUCUAGCCAAGUUAGACCGCCAAGAAACCAAACACCAUGCUUUCAAACUCAAAAGCUAAAGCUUUGUUCUUCAUCUUGAAGAUUUUCAUGUUGAAUGCCCUACCACCAAUAGUACAUGCAUGUGGUCCGUGCUAUCAGCCACAUCCACCACCGUACCACCACGGACCGAGUCAUCAUCAUCAUCAUAAGCCUCCGCAUCAUGGCGGUGGAGGAAGGCCAAAAGUGUCCCCUCCUCCUCUGCCACCGCUGGUCAUCGUGCCGCCGAUCAUCAUCACACCUCCGGUACUACCCCCUCCGGUUAUCUACCCUCCACCAACUUCACCGGUGUUUCCUCCUCCCCGUUGCCCCAUCAAUGCACUGAAGCUAGGACUUUGUUUGGACGUGCUUGGAGGGCUUGUGCAUGUUGGGAUAGGGAACCCUAUUGAGAAUGAGUGUUGUCCUGUGAUACAAGGGUUGCUUGAUCUUGAUGCUGCGAUUUGUCUUUGCACCGCUAUUAGGGCUAAGCUUCUCAACCUCAACAUAUUCAUUCCUCUUGCACUUCAAGUCCUUAUCACUUGUGGGAAGACUCCUCCUCCUGGUUUUGUUUGCCCACCUCUCUAAGUAAAACUAUCAAACCAAGCCUAGCUAUAGUUAAUUACCACUCACUCUUAAACUAUAGUAUGUGUUUUUGUUUGUCUUAUAUUAGGGUUAGUUUCAAGUUGAUGUAACUCUUAUCUCGCUAUAUGGAUAUAGAUUUAAAAUUUAACCAUAGCGAGUAGGGCUUGCUAACCGUAGCAAGCAGGGCUGGUUAAACUUAAGUUUCCACUUAAGAGUCUAAUAGUCAUGUUUGGAUAAACUUCUCUUUUUCUGAAACCAAGUCUGACGCUCAAAAUCUACUCACAUAACUCCUUUUCAGAAUUGAUUUUACUUUAAAAAUAAAUUGUAGAAGAAUUUUCAAAUAUGAGUUAGUUGCUCAAUUAUGUAAUAUUAUAGUAAUGUGUGUUUAAUUAUACAUCUUCUUCUAUCUAUCUUUAAUUUUCAAAAUAAAAAAAAUAAAAAAACUUCUUCUAUUUGUGUCUCUCUUGGAUUGCGUUUUUUCCCUUUUUUUUUAUA